AUGUACAAACCACAGUUUGAGCAUGUCGAGGCAGGUAUCCCCGGGGUGCCAUCUGAUAUGUUCAGCACCGGCGGUGAGGAGGGCCUAUCAAGGGAGCAUCAGAACUAUCUUCUGAAUCGUCACGGGACGUUGCAGCUCAACCCUAUCCCGUUGAUGGACGACAACGACCCGUACAACUGGCCGGCUUGGAAGGUAUCACGCACCCGCUAUCAGUUGGUGAGUUGGACUGUGCUGACUCCUCGUUCGACCUCGGAAAAUCAUCAACCUCGCCCUAGUUGCCUUCCAUGCAGUGAUGGCAACGUUCACCACGGCGGCUAUACAGUGUGCCUUGUGGGAAUAGCAGAUGAUUUGGGCGUCGGUGUGCACCGAGCUAGCUAUCUCACCUCCCUGAUCAUUGCUGUUCUCGGCGCUGCACCUUUGAUCUGGAAGCCCCUUGCUGAUCGUUAUGGUCGACGUCCUGUGUUUCUGCUCUCGUUGAUCUGCAGCCUUGUCGGAAAUAUCCGUUUAUCUUCGGGCUUGUGGUUGUGA